UAAAAAUCGCCAACCCUGGUCUUAACUUUUGUUGUUGCUAACAGCAAUAUAUAUAUUUCCCAGGAUUGGUAUUUUAUACAUAGGUAUGCUUGUUAAUUGUUUUCUUUGUACUUGAUAGCAUUCCAGGAAAGCCACCAGAUAGUGAUUAAGUUCGUUUUUGGCAAUCCUUCAGGGGUGUUAUCAAUAUUUUUCUGGGUCUUUUGGUUUUGUUUAGUCUGCGUUACACUGGCCUGUUACCUAAAGUGUUUGUAUUGUAUUGUGUGUCUGUCUGUGUUCUUACAGUAGAAAUGGCAAAUAAAAUGAAAUGAAAUACAUAUUACCCUUAAUAUACAUGCACUGAAUUGUGUUUUGGUAAAUGGUUGAAACAAAUGUUGAAUUGAAUUGAAUGACCACCAAAAGGGGGAGGGCCAUGCAUCCCACUCUGACCCCGCCCCCUUACCCAACAGGUAAGGAGGUACUGUUAAGAACUAAGUGUCCCCUUCAGAAAGUGGGGCCACCCAAUGCACUCUGGAUUUAUAUGUACUGAAUAUAUAAAAUAGUGGGCUACAAUUGAUACCCAAGAACAGAGGAAACAAAACAUGUUGACAAUGUGGGAGUGGAUCAUUUCAUAUUGAAGUCAACUUUUGAUACUUUUAUCCAUUCAUAUAGGUUCAACAAAAAACGUGUCUCAUCAAGUGGUCAAGAUGGCAUCUAAUGUCACAGCUCAAUCAGUGUUGCAGAAGAUUAGUGUGGAUCAUCUAGAAUGCUCCAUCUGCACCAACCAUUUCAGGCAGCCCAAACUGCUGGACUGUUUGCAUAGUUUUUGUCUGCAAUGCCUCCACGGUCUGAGACAGAGCCAAGAUCCUAGUGGUACCGGUACAAAGCUGCAAUGUCCUCUAUGCAGACGUGAAACCAUGUUGAAAGGGUCUGGGGUUGCUGAUCUCCCUAAUAACUUUGCAUUCAGUGCCCUGGUGGAGGAAGUUACAAUGCAGAAAAAGCUACUGGAAGGUCAAGGGUCAGAGAUCAAAUGUCAAGCCUGUGAUGAGGAAAAUCAGGCAAUUUCAAGAUGCAUGGACUGUGAUCAUUUCCUCUGUCAAGAUUGUCAAAAGGCACAUGGACGUAUGACUGUCAUGAAAACUCAUAAAAUCUAUACAAUGGCUCAACUUCGUUCAGGAGAGAUUGUCUACAAGAGUAAACUUAGAGAAGAAGUUCCCAAAUGUGGCAAGCAUCCAGAUCAGAAUCUGAAUGUCUACUGCAACUUAUGUGAGCAAAUCAUAUGCACAACUUGCUCUGUACUUGAUCAUGCAAAACACUCACUCAUUGGAUUAACUGAGGCUGCAGAGAAAUGUAAGAAGAAGGUCACAGAAAUGGUUCAAAAAAGUGAGAGCAGAAAAACAGAAUUGAGCACAACCAUAGAAGAGACCUCCAAAUCUCAAAAAAAGCUGGACACCAUGUUUGCCAACACUCAAAACAAAAUCUCCAAAAAGGCUCAACAAGAGAUUACAAAGUUCAAGCAGGAGAUUGCAAAGAUCCAAAAGGAAGAACAGAAAUUGUUGAAAGAAACAGACAUGAUUUAUAAAGACAAACUCAAAGCCCUUGAAGCUGCUCAAGCAACCAACAGCAAAGAGGUGUCACAGACAGAGCACAAGCUGGAGGAGGUCAAACAACUCAUGAAUCAAGCAAGUUGCUACGAGAUUCUUGAACUUCAGCAGAAGCUCUUGCAUAACCUUAGUGAAUUGACAGGGAAACAGCCACAGCAAGUUCCUGACAACUUUAACUUCAUGGACUUUGAAGAAGGUGAGAGGUCACUUGGGAGACUCAUUCUGGAGGAGCCACGGGCUGCAGAAAAGCUAAAGCUAAGACCUGCAAGAUCAUGUGUGAAGGAGAAAUGGGAACUGAAGACUGAAGUCAAGAACUUUGAAUUACCAAAUGCAUUUAUAACACAUGUUGAAGCACUCUCUAACAAUAAAGUUAUGGCACUCUCUAUUAAAUCAAACAUAUUAUUCCAUAAAACCAAUAUGUCACCUACCAUACAUCCAAUCAUCACAGUCUCACUGCCGGGAAGUCAACAUGAGAGAACUCCAAUUCCACAAAGGCUGCAAAUCAAUGGCCUCACUGAUGUCAUGUGUAUUGCAGUGAGCAAGGAUGACAAGCUCCUUGCUCUAGAUGGUCCAGUAGUCAAGGUCUUCAACAAGCAACAUCAGCUCCUCCAUCAGUUCACACCAGGUAGAGGGUCAGACAGCCAACCAACAUGCCUUGCAGUGGAUGACAGCAAUCUGAUAGCAGUGGGUUACAAAGGCAAGAAUGAGAUAUCUCUACACAACCCAGAUGGAUCCCUCAUCAGGAGACUGCCUGCUCCUAGGAUUGCGAAUUGUCUGACAAUGUACAAUCAGUGCCUUAUCUACUCAUGCUACCCAACAUGGUUCAACAAAAUGUUGUUAUGUGUAGACUACUAUGGUGCCAGUGUAUUCUCAGUAGACAUGACCAGUAUGCAGAGGGGUUUGUUCCCUACUGGUGUGUGCUGUGACAGUGAUGGCAGCAUCUAUGUUGCUGUGUGCGGACAUCCAACAGGUGAUAUUCUGCAUUACAGUCCUGAUGGCAAGUACAUUGGAUGUGUCAUCAAGGGAUGUGGUUCUCCACGUGGCAUCACAUUCACAUCAGAUGGUGAUCUGGUAGUGGCUGCAGGACAGUCUGUAAAGGUCUAUCACCGAGUGUAAGGACAUAUUAAUUAAACUGGGCUAUCCAGUGUAUCCACCAACCACUUCCAUCAGACAUUGAAUAUUGUUAAUUAUCACUGAAAAGAACCUUGAAGUUCAUCCCUCGAAUAAGGCAUUCAAUAAUACUCUAUAUUUGGUUUAUUUCUAAGGUAUUUGCUCUCCGUACGUGUUGACUCUCAUACCUCAACCACUUCCCCUUUAAAAAAUCUUGGACUUCAACACCCACUCUACUUGCUACUUCCUAUAAAAUCACAGAUCUGGGGGCCCAAUAAUGACAGCAAAGAAAUGACCCUUCACAUUGUUUGCAAAUAGGGCAGAUUGCACAUUUUAAAAUUAUUAAAAAACGAGAGGGAAAAUAUUACCACGAGAGGCAAUUCAAUUUUUUUCGGCUUCAUCUCAGCAAAUGCAAAGUCAAUGCAUGAUGUGUUUUAAAAGUAUAAGAUAUAACCCUGCUCCUUUGUGAAAUGUAAAGAUUUCCUUGGAUUUUGUUAUUCAAUAUUUCCAAUUAUGGGGAAAAUUGU